GCGGCGCGCGACCUGUCGGGAGCGCGCGGCCUACCGGGCGCGGUGGCCUGCGGGGCGCCCCGCGGCUGGCGGGGCGGGGCUGGUGGCGGCACGUGGUCGGGGCGGCAGCAUCAUGGCGCAGCUCACGGCGCGGUUCCGCACCGAGAACCGCAGGUACGCCGUGGAGGAUGUGCCCUUCUCGGUGCCCGCGGCCUCCGAGACCACCGACCUGAGCCGCCUCGUCAACAAGCUGCUGUCGGCCCGCAGCGUGGAUCACAAAUAUGUGGAAUUUGACUUCCUUAUCAAUGGCCAGUUCUUGCGUAUGCCACUGGUCACACACAUGGAAAUGGAAAAUAUCUCCACAGAAGAAGUCGUGGAGAUAGAGUAUGUGGAGAAAUACAUGGCCCCUCAGCCAGAGGAAUGCAUCUUCCAUGACGACUGGAUCAGUUCUGUUCAAGCCACUGAAGAAUGGAUAUUAACUGGCUGCUAUGAUCAGACUGCUCGAAUUUGGUCUUUGGAAGGAAAAUCCAUCAUGACAAUAGCUGGGCAUACAGAAGUAGUGAAGGAUGUGGCAUGGGUGAAACAAGAUAGUUUAUCAUGUCUGUUACUCACUGCUUCUAUGGACCAAACUGUCCUGCUGUGGGAGUGGAAUGUGGAGAAAAACAAAGUGAAAGCCCUUCACUGCUGCCGGGGACACGCUGGGAGCGUAGACUCCAUAGCUGUUGAUUGCACAAGAACUAAAUUCUGCAGUGGAUCCUGGGAUAAAAUGCUAAAGAUCUGGUCUGCAGUGCCUACAGAUGAGGAGGAUGAAAUGGAAGAAGCAGGUAACAGACCACGGAAGAAGCAGAAAACUGAACAGUUGGGAUUAACCAGGACUCCCCUGGCAACCCUCUCUGGCCACACAGAAGCCAUUUCCUCUGUGCUGUGGUCAGAUACUGAAGAAAUCUGCAGCGCGUCAUGGGACCACACCAUUAAACUCUGGGAUGCUGAGACUGGAGAUCUCAAAUCAACUUUGACGGGAAACAAAGUGUUUAACUCUGUCUCCUACUCACCACUGUGUCGACGCCUCGCAUCUGGGAGCACCGACAGACACAUUAGACUCUGGGAUCCUCGCAGCAAAGAUGGCUCCUUGGUUCUCCUGUCUCUGACAUCUCACACUGGCUGGGUCACAUCUGUGAAGUGGUCACCUACCCAUGAGCAUCAGCUGAUCUCUGGUUCUCUGGACAACAUUGUGAAACUGUGGGACACAAGAAGUUGCAAGGCUCCUCUGUAUGACUUGGCUGCUCAUGAGGACAAGGUUUUGUGUGUGGACUGGACAGAAGCUGGGUUGCUGUUGAGUGGAGGUGCAGACAACAAACUCUAUUGCUACAGAUACUCAGCUACUGCCUCUGAUGUUGGAGCAUGAAUGUCAACAGCCAGAAGAAGACUAUUUUAAUAAAAAGAUUUUUUCAGCAGCCAGUCUGUUAGCAUCCUUACACAACAUCUGAAGAAAGUUUUCUGUUGUUCUGGGUUUUGUGUUGGUAACCUAUCUCCUAUUUGUCACAGAAAAACAGCAACAAGCAGUUAUGAAUGUGAUUAGUGUGAAAUGAAGCAAAGGGCAUUUCCUCCAUUUUUUAUGGCUUUGAAUUAACAUCUUUUAAAUGGCUAUUUGUAUAGCCUGUUUCAUAAGGAGCAAGCUGUUCCUGAUACUUAGAGAAAAAUUAUUCACUGGACUAAACUAUUUUUUGAGUUCACCUGCUUUCCCCUGAAAAAAAAUAAAGCUUUUAUCUACA